AUGACGUUUUGUGUCAUCUUGCACAACACGAUUGCCGAGGAUGAGGGUGAAGGGGCAAGCCAAACACAUGAUUUUGAGAAUUCUGAAGUAAGGGGGGAGAAUAGGAGGAGGGAGGCUAGGGCAGGAGGCGGCAUGUCCGGGGGAGAGGAAGGCGAGCGGCGCAAGGUGUCGCGCGAGGACAUACAGCUCUUUUAUUUCUUUCUUCUUGUCCGUGUGUUUGAUUCUGAUUACUGUUGGCCCUUGAGAAUGGAAGGGGGUGGCUGUGUUGAAGCAAAGGUCCAGAAUCUCAUCGAACGUUGUCUUCAGCUUUACAUGAACCAGAAAGAAGUGGUUGAAACUCUAUCUUUCCAGGCGAAAAUAGAACCCAGCUUUACUGAGCUCGUCUGGCAGAAACUUGAAGAAGAGAACCCUGAGUUUUUUAAGGCAUAUUAUGUGAGGUUGAUGCUUAAGAAUCAAAUAAAUGUGUUCAACAAGCUCCUUGCGCAUCAGUGUCGUCUUAUGAAUAAAGAUCCUUCUGGAGCACUUUCAAUUACCCCUACUGCUCCUAAUGGCUCUGACUUGAGCACAUUGAACCAAAAUACAUGUUUUUUACAAGACACUACUAGCACUGCAAUUCCAGAUAGCUUCCUACACAAUGGAAAUUCUAGUGGUGUAAUAAAUGGCGCUCCUGCUACUGACCAGUUUAUCUAUGGUGGUAAAGUUGUCCAUGGUCUUCCUAGUGGUAUGGAUGCUUCAGUUAGUCUACUAUCAGCGCAUAAUUCGACUGGUGGACAGUUUAAUGGAGACAAUGGCACAACAAUAAAGGCAGAGUCUAGCUUUUCGAGCAAUCCAGAGUUUGCAUUCUGCAACGAGAACACUUACCUAGAGCCUUGCCAAUCAAUUGGAGAUGCCUCCGGUGGGUCCUUUAGUAGCUCUGAACUGAAUGGGCAACCACUUGGUGAUACAAUUCUUGACAUGGAUACAUCAUCAUAUGGUUUCUUGAGCCAGAUUCCUCGCAAUUUCAGUUUCUCAGAUUUAACAGAGGAUUUCAGUCAUAGUACAGAAAUAUUAGAAAAUUAUGGCAGAUCCCCUUUCAUCCCUUCUGAGACGAACAACUUCUCAGAGUCUACUGCUGGAGGACAUACAGAAAUAGGAAAUAUACGGCUAGAUUCCAUAUCUGAGGGUGUUAGUUAUGAAGAUUUUGGAAGUGAUUAA